UCUCUCUCUCACGCGCUGCGCUGCGCCCUCUCGCUCUCCUUGUGUCUCUUCCUUCCUCCCUGUUUGCCAGCUGCCCUCCCUCGUCAUCUUCUAGCCACCAUGAGCACCAGAUAACCGCCUGCAGGCUUUCCACACACAUCAUGGGUUGCUGCCUCUGUAAAAGUCACAAAGAGCUCUAUCCCCUGACAGUGCUACACGAGGGUCAUCCUCCAAUCUCCGCCAAGGAUGAGCAGGCUCCAUCAAAUGGCCGAGCAGCAGAGAAAAGCAACCAUUACAACAUUGGCGAGCUUGCCACGUCCUCUUUGUUAGGUCUGGUGGCCACCAUAAAGGAGCACAUCACCAAGCCCACGGCUAUGGCUCAAGGGCGAGUGGCUCACCUGAUUGAGUGGAAAGGCUGGGGAGGAGGCGGCGGCGCCGAGGCCCGGGCGGGCGGCGGCGGUUGGAGCAGAGGCUGGGCGCAAGGAGGCGGAAGUCGGGGCCCUGAGGAAGAUGAACAAUUUUACUCUCAAAUGACGGAUGAGAUCAAGGAAGCUCGCUUUGCUGCCGGAGUAGCGGAGCAGUUUGCCUUGGCUGAGGCCGCUAUGAGUUUUUGGUCCUCGAACGACUGCUUUGAGCAACCUUCGACUAGCUUGCAAGGGGCAUCAAGGAGCCACCUGUUGUCUCACUUCCUGUUGGAUGACGCGAGCAUGGCCACGCCCCAGUACCUGCACAGCAUCCACACCGAGACGCAUGGCGACAGCCAGCUCGGCGGCCCGGUCGCCCCAGAAGCGCCCACCGUGGCCUCCGUUAAACGGCAGGACCGAAAUUCGACCAGCGAAGAUAAAUGCAGCGGAGUCACGGCUGAGGCUGCUGCUGUGCGACACAUAGACAGCAGCUCAUUGUCUGAGGAUGAUGUGUUUUAUAAUUAAACACCUUCACAUUCUAAUCACAGCGGUGCCCCUGUGAGCAGGAAUUGGAGACACAAGUGCUCGAUGGUGCCAUUGAACUCAAUUGAACAGUUUAGCAAGUCGUCAAUAUCAAUCUAACUAUCAAACUAAACGUAAGAGAAUGACCGAUUGGUGGUGACCUGAGACCGGGCAACUGUGAUGUCAUUUUUAGUUGCUAGCAAAUGGCUGAAUUGUGCCGCU